AUGCCUUUGCUGGAGGCAGUGCGCCAUUCCCAGGCUUCAUCUGUCCUGGCACUGGUGCUGCUGCUGGGACAAGGAAUGCUCUCAUCUCCUCCACCCUCGGGGCUGCUGGAGAAGCUCUUCCAGUACAUGGACCUCCACCAGGAUGAGUUCGUGCAGACCUUGAAGGAAUGGGUGGCCAUUGAGAGCGAUUCUGUGCAGCCUGUACCUCGUCUCAGGCAGGAGCUCUUCAGGAUGAUGGCUUUGGCUGCAGACAAACUCCGGCACCUGGGAGCUGGGGUGACAUCCGUGGACUUGGGUUCUCAACAGAUGCCUGAUGGCCAGAGUCUUCCCAUACCUCCAAUCCUAUUGGCUGAGCUGGGAAGUGAUCCCAAGAAGCCCACCGUAUGCUUCUAUGGGCAUCUGGAUGUGCAGCCAGCGCAGAAGGCUGAUGGGUGGCUCACGGACCCCUACAUGCUCACAGAAGUGGAUGGAAAGCUGUACGGACGGGGUGCAACAGAUAACAAAGGCCCUGUCCUGGCUUGGAUUAAUGCCGUGAGCACCUUCAAAGCUCUGGAGCAGGAUCUUCCCGUGAACAUCAAGUUCAUCCUGGAAGGGAUGGAAGAGGCUGGAUCUGUUGCCCUGGAGGAAGUGGUCAGGAGAGAAAAGGAGCACUUCUUCUCCAGUGUAGACUACAUUGUGAUUUCAGACAAUCUGUGGAUCAGCCAGAAGAAGCCUGCACUCACUUAUGGAACCCGGGGGAACUGCUACUUCAUGGUGGAGGUAAAGUGUAGAGAUCAAGAUUUUCAUUCUGGGACCUUUGGUGGCAUCCUGAAUGAACCAAUGGCUGAUCUGGUGGCUCUUCUAGGGAGCCUGGUGGAUUCGUCAGGCCAUAUCCUGAUUCCUGGAAUCUAUGACCAAAUGGCUCCUCUUACAGAGGAGGAGAAAACAAUGUAUGUAAACAUUGAUCUGGACCUGGAAGAGUACCGGAAGAGCAGCCAAGUUGAGAAAUUUCUGUUUGAUACCAAGGAGGAGCUCCUGAUGCACCUAUGGCGGUAUCCAUCUCUCUCUAUCCACGGCGUUGAAGGUGCCUUUGAUGAGCCUGGAACUAAAACAGUCAUCCCUGGUCGGGUCAUAGGAAAAUUUUCAAUCCGCCUUGUCCCUCACAUGAAUCUGUCUGUGGUGGAAAAACAGGUGAAACAGCAUCUGGAAGCUGUGUUCUCCAAAAGAAACAGUUCCAACAAGAUGACUGUUUCUAUGGUCCUAGGACUCCACCCAUGGAUGGCCAACAUCAGUGACCCUCAGUACCUCGCAGCCAAAACAGCCAUCAAAACAGUGUUUGGAGUAGACCCUGAUAUGAUCCAAGAUGGGUCAACCAUUCCGAUUGCUAAACUCUUCCAGACUAUUAUACAAAAGAGUGUAAUGAUGCUCCCGCUGGGGGCUGUGGAUGAUGGGGAACACUCCCAGAACGAGAAGAUCAACAGGUGGAACUACAUACAGGGGUCCAAAUUAUUUGCCACCUUUUUCCUGGAGCUGUCAAAGCAACACUCGUGA